AUGUCGAAGAAACAAGAGUAUAUUGCUAAGAUUAGCUACCAGAAUAAUCUUCCACCUCCUUUGCUUCCACCAAGCUUAUUGAAGUUUCAAGACAAUGAAAAUGAAAAUGCAGAUUCACCUCAAUUGAUUACUUCUUUGUAUACAAAGACAAAUGUUAAUUCAUUAGUCAAUUUAGAUAGUGAAUUGGGUAUGCCAUUGGAUUUAUUCAAAAUUCCUGGUUUAUUGAAUAACUCAGAUACAAAGUUUUUAAACGGAUUCGAAAAUGUUAGAUUGCAUGCUGAUGAUCGUAUUUUAUUAAGAGAUCCUCGUGUUGAUAGAUUGACUAAAACAGAUAUAUCAAAAGUUUCAUUUUUAAGAAGAACUGAGUAUAUAUCUACCUCGAUUUCCUCUCAUUCGGAUAGUUUGACUUCGAAUAAGAAAAGAACUAGAGACUCUUCUCAUGAUGAAGAUGAUGAUCGUAUUUUGAACUCUCAUGAAAUUUCAGAAAAAGUCGAAGGUACUUUUGAAAAAAAUUCAGAAGAUUUAUCGUCCUUUAGGCAUCCAAUUAAGAAGAAGUUACAAGCUGUCAAAUCUUGGAAGCUUUUACCAGAUACUUCUUCGAUGGAUCAAAAUUACUUUACAUUAAGAUUAGUUGGUAGUGCGACUCUAUCAAAGCAAGAAAAGAAUACAUUAGCCUUACAAACUACUAUUUUCAGACCGGUAGAGUUGGAAGAAGAUGAUUGGAUUUCUAUGUAUACAACUGAUGUAAAGGAUUCUAAGAUAUUGUCAAAUGAGCUAGAAAAGAAGAUUGAUGAUUCUUCUAAUGGUUUAGAAAAGAAAGUCUAUAAGUUUAAGAGGUUAAGAGAUUUCGAUAUGAAACAAAUUCAAACAAUGGAAAAUAUGGGCCCAAGCCAACAAACUCAAUUGAAUGAUUUGGCUCUUAUCUUCAACGAUGAAAAGAAAGCAGUAUACUAUAAACCAAUACGUUCUAAAAUAGAAUUGAGAAGUAGGCGUGUCAAUGACGUGAUAAGACCUUUGGUAAGAGAGCAUAAUUUGGACCAAAUUAAUAUUUCCCUAAGAAACCCAACUACACAGGAGUCUAACCUAAGAGAUAAAUUGAGAACUAAAUUUGAUCCAAUUGACUUCCCUUAUGUCGAUGAAGAUGAAGAUGAAAAUGAAAAAGGAGUUGAAAGUUCACAGCAACCAGGAGAGCAACAUGAUUCUGAUGGAGAGGAAUCGUUGCCAUUAUCAGCACAAAGCCAUGACUCGUUACCAUUGUCAGCUCAAGAACAUGGGUCUCAAGGUAUUGAUAAAACAACUACUCCAGAAAAAGAGCAAUCUUCUGAGACAAUUAAUGAGAAACAAGAAAAAAACUCUGACGAAGAACAGAAUAUGUAA